AUGAUUUUCUUGCAACAAAUAAAAUCAUCUGUUACUUACCCCUCUUCGAUAUCGCCUCUUGCUAUAAGCUUCCAGCAAGUGCGUCAUGUCUCCAGAAGAAAAUUAGCAUAUCCACCUAAGCAUCUUGGUUUUCGUUACAAUGGUCGAAUGCCAAAAAAGAAUCAUAAAUCUAAUUUCAGAUUUAUGAUGAACCAGUUCUUAGGGCCACAAAACUAUAAAGGGGAAUAUCGUUUCAAUAUUUUUUCUGAUCCACAAACAAAUAAUGAAACCAAGUUUAUCACUCGUGAAUUACCUGGAGACUCUGCAGUAGUUUUACCUGAAAACAGUAAUGUUGAAUAUCCCCCUAUUAAUAAAAGGUUUUUAUCUGAUAGAAGGAAAUUUCAACCAUUUUUCAUGAAUCCACAACUAUCUACAAACUUAAUGUUGACAGAUAAAACCAAAAGAAACAUUUACGAGGAUGUGGAAAUUAAUAAAAUCCCAGUUUAUGAACUAGCAUUCAAGUAUAAUAUCAAGAUUCCAAGAAUCGAAGCUGUUGUUAAAUUGGAGAAAAUUAAAUUAUCUAUAAAAGCAAAAAAUGAUCAAUUUUUUAAUGACUUGAAAAAAAUGUCAUCAACAAUGAAAAAAAUCUUUCCAUUGUUUGAACGUCAUAGAAAACCAGAGAAUCUAACCGAAAUUCCUGCACCUGCUAAGACUCUUCAAUCUAGAUUUUUAACAAUUAAUGAAUCUGAACCAUUCGGUCCAGUUGACGCAGCUAAAGUGUUUGGUAUUAAAUCUGGUAAAGAAACAUUGCAAGAUAUUGCUGAGACCGAACAUAAGGAAUUUCAUCAUGAAGAGCAAAAAGAAGGCAAAGAAGUUUACUAUGCACCAGUUUUGGAGGGCGAGAAAUCGGUGUUUAGAUUUGUUAAAUCUAAAGUUGGUAAAGUUGGUCAUAGAUAUGGUGCAUCAAAUAGAGAUAAUAAAACCGAUCGUAAAAUUGGUUUUGACACAACUGGUAGAAUGGUUUAUAUUUAG